AUGACCCAAUGAUCCUCUGUUACCAUCAAGUCAGGGGACACCUGGAACUUCAGCACUUCCUCAGCCAGCCUCCUCCCAGGCUGCCAGACCAGCUUCAGCUCUGUUGCCAUGUCCCAAGGCAGGAAGAGCUUUGGGGGCGGCUUCGGUGGCAGCUUCGGGACUAGGAGCCUCCACAGCCUUGGGGGUAGCAAGAGAAUCUCCAUCAGUGGGGAUUACUGCUCGAGCCGGGCCAGCUAUGGGGGUGCUGGCUAUGGGCUGGGUCUUGGGGGCAUCAGGUACAGAUCAGGGGGAGCCUGCAGUGGGUAUGGAUUUGGAGGUGGGAUGAUGUCUGGAGCUGAGGGCAUCCAUGAGGUCACCGCCAACCAGAGUCUCCUGACACCCCUCAACUUGGAGUUCAAUCCCUCUCUCCAAAAGGUGCGGAAGGAAGAGAAGGAGCAGAUCAAGACUCUCAACAACAAGUUCACUUCCUUCAUUGACAAGGUGUGGUGCUUACAGCAGCAGAACAAAGUCCUGGAGACCAAAUGGAGCCUCCUACAAGACCAGAAAACCACCAAGAUCAACACUGAGCCCAUGUUUGAAGCCUACAUCAACAACCUGAGACAUCAGCCGGAAGGCCUAGGCGGGGAGCGGGCGAGGCUGGAGACAGAGCUGAAGAGCGUGCAGGAUGUGGUGGAAGACUUCAAGAACAAGUACGAAGAAGAAAUCAAUAGACGCACAGUGAUGGAGAAUGAGUUUGUGGUUCUCAAGAAGGAUGUGGAUGCCUCCUACAUGAGCAAGGUGGAGCUGGAGGCCAAAGCAGAUGCCCUGACCGACGAGAUCAACUUCCUGCGGGCCUUCUACGAGGUGGAGUUGGCUCAGCUUCAAACCCAGAUCUCCGAGACCUCUGUGGUGCUGUCCAUGGACAACAACCACUGCCUGGACCUGGACAGCAUCAUCUCUGAGGUCAAGGCCCAGUAUGAGGACAUCGCCAACCACAGCCGGGCCAGGGCUGAGUCCUGGUACCAGACCAAGUACGAAGAGCUGCAGCAGUCUGCCGGCCGGCACGGCGACGACCUCCACACCACCAAGAUGGAGAUCUCUGAGCUGAACCAUGUAAUCCAGAAGCUGUGCUCCGACAUUGAUAACCUGAAGAAGCAGUGUGCUUCGCUCCAGGCCGCCAUUGCUGAUGUUGAGCAGUGCGGGGAGCUGGCCCUCAAGGAUGCCAAGCACAAGCUGGCCGAGCUGGAGGACGCCCUGCAGAAGGCCAAGCAGGACAUGGCAAGGAUGGUGCGUGAGUACCAGGAGCUCAUCAACGUCAAGCUGGCCCUGGACAUCGAGAUCGCCACCUACCGCAAGCUGCUGGAGGGCGAGGAGUGCAGACUCACUGGAGAAGGUGUCGGAUCUGUGAAUAUCUCCGUGGUCUCUUCCUCCGGGGGCACAGGCUACAGUGGGGGCGGAGGCCUCUGUGUGGGCGGAAGCGGCUACAGUAGUGGCCUCUCCUAUGGCGGUGGGAGUAGCGGCUUCAGCUCCACCAGCAGCCACAGCAUUGGCGGCAGCAGCUCCAGCAUGCACAUCAUCUCCAAGACCUCAUCCACCAAGAAGAGUUACAGGAGCUAA